AUGUUCAUCUUCGUGAUGAACAAGUUGAACAUGAGUCCACGACUAGCUUUGGCAAGACUUCUUUCAGAGCUCCGCUGUACCCCAGGACAGUUUGCUUGUCGGAGUGGUACCAUCCAGUGCAUCCCUUCAAACUGGCAGUGUGAUGGAUGGCCCACCUGUGAGGACGAGAGUGAUGAAGUUGAUUGUCCAGGCUUGACAGGGGACCAGCGAACUUACCAUGGGAAGGAAAAUGUGGACUCUAGGCAUAAUCGAGGAAGAGGAGGAGAGACGACCCGCUUUCACACUGUCAAUGUAGCACAGCCUGUCCGAUUUAGCAGAAAGUGCCCAACAGGAUGGCACCACUAUGAGGGCACGGCCAGCUGUUAUAGAGUCUAUUUGAAUGGGGAGAACUACUGGGACGCUGUGCAGACAUGUCAGCGGGUGAAUGGAUCCCUUGCCACCUUCACUGCAGACCAGGAGCUAAGGUUUAUUCUGGCACAGGAGUGGGACUUGGAAGAAAAAGCAUUUGGAAGGAAGGACCAACGUAGGUUCUGGGUUGGAUAUCAGUAUGUCAUCACCAAUCGAAAUCACUCUCUAGAAGGUCACUGGGAAGUAGCCUAUAAAGGCUCUUCAGAAGUAUUUCUGCCCCCUGACCCUAUCUUUGGUACGGCUAUGUCUGAAAAUGAAAACGUUCUUUGUGCUCAGCUUCAGUGUUUCCAUUUUCCUACCCUUCGGCACCAUGGUUUACACAGCUGGUAUGCUGAAAACUGCUAUGAGAAAUCCUCGUUCCUCUGCAAAAGAAGCCAGACUUGCGUUGAUAUCAAAGACAACAUUGUGGAUGAAGGCUACUAUUUCACCCCAAAGGGGGAUGAUCCCUGUUUGAGCUGUACAUGCCACAACGGUGAACCUGAAAUGUGUGUGGCUGCUUUAUGUGAACGGCCCCAGGGAUGUCAGCAGUAUCGCAAAGACCCUAAGGAGUGCUGCAAAUUUACGUGUUUAGACCCAGAUGGCAACAGUUUGUUUGACUCGAUGGCCAGUGGAAUGCGUCUGAUAGUGAGCUGCAUUUCCUCCUUCCUCAUCCUCUCUCUGCUCCUCUUCAUGGUCCACCGGCUACGCCAGAGGCGGAGAGAGCGCAUAGAGUCUUUGAUAGGAGCAAAUUUGCACCAUUUUAACUUGGGCCGCAGAAUGCCUGGUUUUGAUUAUGGUCCGGAUGGUUUUGGAACAGGCCUUACUCCGCUGCACCUUUCAGAUGAUGGAGAAGGUGGGGCGUUUCAUUUCCAUGAUCCGCCUCCACCCUAUACUGCUUACAAGUAUCCAGAUAUUCAACAUCCAGAUGACCCACCUCCCCCUUAUGAGGCUUCUGUCAAUCCAGACAGUAUCCUUUGUUCUACUCCAGAUGGAGUUCUUUCUCAGACAGUGCAAAGCAGUCCUCCAUCACUAGGAAACUGUGAUGUAUCCCCACAGCUUACAGAGGAAUCGCUUCCUCCCUCAGUUGGUCCUUCUCCAGUAGAGCUGGAAGACUCUGCUGACAGCAGCACCUUUCUUGUCCCUCCUGACACACCGCUAGGUGAAAACACACCGGCAGAAACUCUUACAGGCAGCCGUCACAGCCACUGUUCUCUCAAUACCAUUGUAUAAAGGAAUAAAAAGCUGACUGCCGGUCAGAAAUAGUUUUAGCAACUGUUUGCACAGACAAACACUAAUCCAUGGUUUGAACUUCAGAAGGAAUCUCCACUUUGUUUUUGAACACUGCUUUUAUGUUCUAGUUUAGAAUUGUGCCUCUCGUUUUUUGGCUGUCGUUAUUCAUUCACUAAUUGAUUUGUCCUGUAAAUAUGGAUUGUAUAAACUGCUCUUUUUUUCCAUUGGUGAUGGAAAAGAGUGCAGAGAAUUCCUUUGACUUCUAAGGAGAGGAAGAGUAUGGGUAGUUUUUUCUUAACCUGAAAGGAAACAAAAAUCUACAUCAGAAAAAAGCUGCUUGGAUUUGGCUGUGUACCACUGGACCCAGGGAACAGACAACGGAAAAGGAGGGUGGGGGCAGUCACUGUUUAAUCAAUUGCUUUCUCUCUUGCUUGUGUGCUACGCUUGGAAAAGGCAGAGAAGGCUGAACUGCAGGGGAAGGGGCUAGGUGUCUGUGUUACAAAGUGGGAGCACUGAGGAGCUGGAACACGUGCCACCGAGUAAGAGUUGCACGGUAUAGAACAGCUGUGUGUUUUGAUUUGCCCCGCUACUUCAAAACACCCUAGGGACUAGAGGAUAAGUGAUGUACGCAAUGACUUUGUCUUUUUAUGGCAGUGGGUACUAAAAAAACUAGGAUUUGCAAUUACAAUUGAUUGUUAUUGGUAGCUGCAAAAUUUGGUAUUGUCAGGUAAACUUCUGGCCCAUAAAGAAAACUGAGUCUGUGUAAUGCUUGCGUCCCUUCAGUAGAGUCUUCCUAUGCGUUAGGUAGCACCAUAGAGAAGAGACAGGGAGCAGUUAGCUUUCUGACUGAUACAAUCCAACUUCACUAUCUCAAGCUCCUGUGUUGUAACCCCAUCAGGAAGAUUAAGGUGUUUUUCUUUGUGGUGUAGCUUCUUUACAGUGAACAGUUGCACAAGACUGGCCUGGAUAAAGAGGCUAUUGUUCUUGCUUUUCUUAAUGCAUGCUAUUUUUAGCAUGCUGGUUCCUUCCCCUGCAUUUCACUUCUUUACAGGUGUUACAAAUACUGUUUAAAAACAGUGAUCGUGUACUAUACAUAAUGUUCAAUUCUAAUUGGACACUUGUUCCUUAUUCUAAUACUAUAAAUUGCCAACCCUGUUCUAGGGUUUCUUCCUAGUCCCCGCUUCUUCCCCCUUCCCCCUGAAUAAAUGUUUAUCCAGGUCCCAUGAUGGGUUAUAAUGAGGUUAGUGUACUUAAAUCAAUAAAGUGCUUUCUUUCACUCUGAUAUGCCAUCUUAAAUUUUCCCCUCAGAUUGAACGCUUUAAACUAGCUAAGGUAAUUUAUGUAUGGCAAAGUGAGAUUCAUUUACAUCCUUACUAAACCCAAAGUCAGCACUGUUCGCUUUGGUAAAGACUGCAAAGUAAUCUUUACAGGCGAUUUUAAUUUUAAGUGGAAAUUUAAUGUGCAAAUAAUUUUCUCCUCCCCCAUCCUCCUCUUGCCUCUGGGUUUCCCUGACUUACUGUUGCAGUCAGCAGAUGAGAUAAACUAUAAGGAUUAUGAGGAAUUUGUAAAGAGUGCCCCUUGCGAGUGUUCUCCUAAUACCUUAUGAAAGGUACACAAGCCUAGAGGGACAGGAAGAAAACACUGCAUGAGGGUGUGUAUGUGAAUUAUUUUUCUAGUACUGAUGAGAAAUCAUUCUUGUAUGACAAAUCCUGACCCACUAUUGUGGUUUUCCAGUGCAGCUGACUUUUUCCCCAUGGAAUAUGCUGCUACUUUCUAUUCUGUGUCUUGCCUAUAGGCUUAUACUGUACUUGGGGAUUGGUCUUGACAAUUCAACUCCUUUUGCACAGAAAACUGUGACUUUCAUUAUUCAGCUCAUAUCCAGUGUCUUGACAUUCAGACGCUUGCUAACAAUCUUGAAUCCAUUGGAGAGUGUGAAUCACAGUUCUCGUGUGUGCUGCUGGCACACGAGCAGGAGGAAACACUGUUAGGAAAGCCUCUCUGUUUGGACGCUUAACACUGCGGUGCGUUCCUGUCCUCUGGUUUGACUGACUCUAACGUGAGUGGCACGAAAUGAGAGGAGCCGUUCUCCACCCUGUGGGUCUGUUACCGGCUCCUCCUCUUGAGUUCGAGUCCUGGUCUAAUGAAGUGGAUGGAUAGCAGUAGUCAGAACCAUGCAUACAAAUUAUUGAGCAUUUCUGAAGUAUGAAAAUAAAGCGGGUUUUGUGCAUUUUUGAGCACAUUCAUACGUUUUAUACAUUGUAUGUACUGAUUUUUCUUUAGUUUUUAUAGGUACGAAUGUGUGUGUGCGUGUGUGUGUUUCUGGGUGGCGAUAUAUAUAAAUAUAUAUAUAUAUAUAUACUGUAGAUGGUACCCUUUGUGCUGCGUCCAGCUAGGUGAAGCUAAGCACUGGGAUAUAAACUAGACUCUUAGAGUUAAUACUUCUCUAAAGCUGGCUACACUCUGUUGUAGGACAGGAUGUGAUAGUGUACACUUGAGUAGGAUGCAAAGUCUAUGCUACUACAGUCUGUUCCUGAAAAAUAUUUUGUUAGCAGUGCAAAAUAGAAAACUUCUAAUUUCCUUUAAAGCCAGAUGGAAUAUUCAUUCUUUGUAGUAUCCUAGCGCAAUAACAAAAGGCCUUUUGGCUUGGUUUAGUCUCUAAAGCUGUAUUUUGUGGUUAAGGUGAACAGAUACCUUACCUCACGCAUCUCAUAGGACUGUGGGAAUCUGUUCAGUAUUUUUUUAUUUUUACUUUCAAUUCUGUGGUUGAAUUUAUUUGAAAAUAAGCUCUUAACAAUUUGCAACUUCAUGAUGGCUCCUGGUUGUAAUUAUUCCAAAUGUAGGCUUCUUUGUAGAAGCCUCAGUGUAAUAUUUUUUCGUAGCUUCUGAGCCUUUCCCACUUCAGUAUUGGCACAGAGGCUGCUAUUUUCCUUUUCCCUAUCCUCCUUCAUCUUAUCUCUAAACAAGGGAAGUUUUGCCUUGAACAGAGCAGCUCACUAAGUACAGCUCUUGUUUACCUCUCAGUGAGCUUCUAAUUUGGCAAUAAAGCUGUUAUUUUCCCCCCCUUUUUAGUGUAGAUUUUUUUCACACAGGGUCCUCUCUCUUAGAGUAAGAGCCUUUGUAUCAGAAAAUGUCACAACUACUAAGACUUCUGGACCAACUGAGGAAGAGUUAUAUUUCUUGAUAGCAGCUGACUUCUCAACAAGACUUCCUCGCCCUUGGCAAGGCGACCGGUGUGAAGUUUCAUUUGUGAACACCACUUACAGAGGAUUGAUGCUUGCUUGAGGAAGACCUUUCUGUUUUGAUUGUCACUACAUUGAUUGGAUCUUUGAAGUUAUAUUUAGCGCAUUCUCUUCCCCUCCCUCCCGCCCGGUCCCAUCAGCAUUCACUUCUCUGGAUGUUUUUCUUAAAUACUGGUGCAUCUCAAAUCUUCCUCCAGACACAGUGGAGGAGAUUCCAUUACCUGAGCAUUCCUAGCAGCGCAAGUAAGCAAAGCGUUCAUUUCUCUGUGAGUAUUCUUGGCGGCAGUUAAUUUUGUAAGGUUUCAGUACUCUUCUGCGCAGGGCUAAUGCAUUCCAUUGUGGCCUCUGACAAAACUCUUCCUCAGAUUCCCCUUCCUUACUACAUACUGUGGUGCCAUAUUGAGGUCUUUGCUUUUCCUUCAAGAACAGUUUUAGAUAUUCACUCGUAUCAAUGUUCUCAGUGAUACAUGUACACAGUCUCACAGCAGCCUCUAAUUUUUUACUAGACGAGUUGUAGAAUAUUGUAAUGUUAGAAAGACAGUGGGUUUAAUGCUAUGCUAGAAGAUCAAAAUUGUCAUUCAGAUGUAUGAAGAACGUGUCUGUUUGCAUAAUGUUCAGUCUUGUCUGUUUUUGAGCCUCAGACUAUUCCUUUAUCCAUUCAUGACAGGACACUGAUCUAGAAGAAAAACGAAGUAGGUAAAAUUUUUUUUUUCCGAAGGCUUAGUCUUCUGGUCUCCGUUCAGGCAGGAUUCUUCACUAAGUCAUUGGGUUCUCUGUCUGAGUAAAGAUCACAGGAUUGCCCGUUCAAAUGUCUUUGAAGUGUGACUUGGGAAGAAACUGUUUUUGUGACCAGUAAUUGCUGUUCUUUCCCCAUCUAAUGUUAAAUAAAUUUGAAGCUGUUUUUAAAAUAUUUUUCAUCUUUUAGAUGGGGAUUUUCAGUGGCAAAGCACUGAAGUUUUAAUGUUGUCUCAUACAGUUUGUAGCACGCGUUUCUUUUUUCAGCUUCUGAAAAAUCUUUUUUUCUCAUCAGUUAAGGAACCUGAAGUAUAUCCAGAAAUUUCUUGUAAAUUUCCCUCCCAAGUUGGGAGCUGGAACCUAAAACUGGAGCAGAUUGGUGUAGAGGAGGCAAAUCAGUCAAAGUUCAUAUGUUCUGGGUCUCACACUUAACCUGGUUCCAAAUGAAAUAGGCAUUUCUUUGAAAUAGAUGCAUUCAACAGUAAAGAUCUGCUUCCCCUAUCAAUAUUCUACGUUAACUGCCUGCUACGGUACGACAUAGCUUUAAUUUUUCAGUAUUGUGCACCUUGAAAGUUGAGCGGGUUGGAGCUGAUGCCAGCAGAGAUGCUGCACUUGCAGUCUGCGUGCAUGGCCACGCCACACUGUAACCUGAAUGUCCGACUUCUGUAUGCCUGGGAGGCUGAGAGAGAGUGAGACACUGCUUUUUACCUUCUCUUGGAAAAUAAUUUUAGCCAAUGCUGCAUUUGCAGGCUUCUCCUGUGUAGUUGGUUUGUGACUGGAUUUAACUGUGGCAGUGUAUAAAAGAUUUUGAUAUUCUGUGAAAUACCAUGUAGAAUUUAAAUUUGAUACUAUAAUAAUUCAGUCCCUGUGACAUUGUUUUUUGUUUUAACUUCUUUCUUUGGGGUUGGCACUAAUCUUUCUUUUUUUCUCAAGAUGCUGUGAGAAACAUUUCAUCCAAAUGCCAAAUAAAUUGUGUUCUGUAAGAGAAA